AUGGCCUCAAAUGCUGAUCCAGAGGCGCAACGCAGUCCCGCUGACCCGCGGCUGAAGGCCCGCAGAACCGUCUUGCAGCUUCUCUGCUCUGGCGACGAGUAUCGCUUUCUCCAUGAAUGCGCCAUCCAGAAACUCCCCCAAUCUAUACAAGAUAGAACCUACUCGCCCGCUACUUACAAUGGCAUCGUUAAGUCAAAGGACAAAUACACCACAGCGGCAUUACGCUCCUCAAUCCGAGUGUUUUUACUAACACGCGUGGGGAUGAAACUCCUGGACUUCAUCACCCAGCGAAUCCUCGGAAAAGGGGCACCAGCCUCGCCGAAGGUGCCAUUUCGCGAUUCUCCGGCUUUCCGGCUCCCCCUCUCCUUAUCCUUGAUGCUAUUAUUCCACCGGCUAUUAUAUCGCUUUUUCUACCGAUUGCGUGCGAACUUGCGAACAGAUAACGCCCGACUCUUCCGCGAAAGGAAUCCGCGUAUAUCAAAAGCGCUGAUGUCGAAAUAUGCGCCUGCCAUAGGCGCCAGUUUGGCUGGUUUCCUUCUCGGGGGUUACCCGCAAAGCCAGCUCCGUCUUACGCUAGCUAUCUACACGUCGACCAGAAGCUUAGAAGUCCUGUAUAAUACUUUAGUGGAGAAGGGAUGGUUCGCUUUUCGGCCAUGGUGGUUCGGCAGUUGGCUGCUCAUGCCACUUUCCAUGGCCCAGCUCUUCCAUGCGUUUAUAUUUGAUAGGGAAGCUACACCAGCGGUAGGUCGUCAGGACGGAUCAGAAAUCUUUGACGAGUUGGAGGCUAACGCUGUAUCGUUCCAGUGGUUUGGAAAACUCAUCCUGCAGUUUACUCCAGAGUAUAUAAAGCAACGCCCUGCUGGGCUCCCAGCGAAUGUGGCUUGGCCAGAGCCAUUUGAGACUGUCGAUGCAUUGGCGAAAAUAGCCGAAUUAAAGUGGCCGCCAUUCACGUCUCCCAUACUUCACCCAACUGUUUCAGGCACGCUUCCUGCUGCCGUUCAGUCCAUGUCCCCCAUCACAUCUCCCGCCCACCCAGCAAUAGCUUCACUCUCCUGCGCACUACUUCACCCAAAAUCUCCUUCUUGUUUAACUGCAUUCAUACAUCAAGCCCUCCUUUCUGUUCCACCCCUCACUCGUUCUCUUACCAAAGUUUACUUGGCCCUCUCACUUCUCAAGAUCAAAUCGUUCCUCACAGAACCCAUCACCUCAACUAACCUACUGUGCCGGAAAAUACUCGCUGCCACGGCCAUUUUGUGCUCGUCGAUCGGCGCUGCAUGGGGAAGUGUUUGUCUCUUCAACGCCAUUUUACCACGAAAGCUGCUUCCAACUCAACGAUUCUACCUCAGUGGUGCGAUUAGUGGUCUGCCAUUUGCAGUGCUCUGCGGGUCUGGCUACCGAGCUCACUUCCUCUAUUUAUUCCGACAAGCUGUUGAGUCUGCCUGGAAAACCGGGGUUAAGCGUGGUCUCUGGCGCGGCUAUAGAGGCGGAGACUUGUGGGUAAUUGUGGCCUCAUGGGCGCUUUUGGGGGUGUUAUUAGAAAGAAACCCCGAGAAUGUCGCCGAUCGAGGAUUCAGGAAAGCAUUGACAUGGAUGAGAGGUGACGGCUAUAUCGACUUGGUUGAACGCCGCGCGAAGAAAAACAAAAAGGUUUCGGUCGAGUAA